AUGGACAUAGCACAGUUUUGGAAACUUGAGCUUCUGGGAAUCAAGGAAUCACCAAACGACGAUGAUGACGGACAAGCAAUGCAACAGUUUCAAGAAAGCAUUGGUAAAGAAGGUGAAAGAUACAGCGUUGGAUGGCCUUGGAGGAGUCCGGAAAUUCAACUGACAUCAAAUUUCGGCCUCUGUUUUGGAAGACUAAAACCACCGUCAACAAACUUCGUACUCAUUCCCAAGUGUUGA